AUCUACAUCGAAGCCUCUCCACAAAUACCUGGAGACGCAGCAAGGCUGUUUAGUGACUGGAUGGAACCCAAUGAAGUAGUUUGUAUUCAGUUUUGGUAUCACAUGUACGGGUCAGACAUUGGUAAUCUGAGCAUCUAUUUAAGAACUAACCAGUCAGAAACAGUUGUUUGGACACUUUCGGGAAAUCAUGGGGACCAGUGGAAGUUCGGACAAACAGCUUUAAACAGUCGAGAUGCCUAUAAGUUUAUCAUUGAAGGAACGGUUGGCUAUGGAAGCAGCGGUGAUAUAGCUCUGGAUGAUCUGACAUUGCUUGAUGGUAACUGUAAGACAAUUAUUACACAGAAGAGUUUGGACUGUGACUUCAAAGGAGACACAUGCGACUGGGAGGCUCAAGGAAGGUGGACCCUUUCAAAAGAUGGUUCCUCUAUUUUUCUUCGCCCUGAAGCAUACGCGGUGCGUCAUUCUCUAUUUUCGCCUCCGAACAUAAAUACCAACGAAUGGAAGUGUUUUCAUCUUUGGUAUUUCAUCGGAGGCAACUACGGUUAUGAAGGGUCGAUAACAGUGCUAUUAAAGAUGUUAAAAUCAAACCUAACGAGUUUACUUUUCUUCGCGGACAAGGCCACAUCUGAGGCAACAUACACACAAACACCUUUACCACAAAAUUUCACAGAUGCCCAGAUCGAAAUAGUGGGAACGAAUGAAUUGAAACUUCUGGCUAUCAGACAAGUAUCCUUUUCCAAAGAUUCUUGUGAGCAUAUUCCUAAGCCAAGAAAUGGUAAGUCUCCAUCACGAUUGAUGGCGUCUAUUCACGCGCAUAUUGAUCCGACUGUUGCGUUUCGAAUAAUGACUAUGUAG